UGUAGGAGUUAGGACAGUCUAGUAACACAAUUGACAGUACCACGCCGACAGUCCGCCAUCGCGCACGCGUGACCAUGUCUGCCGAUAACCUAACCGCAAUUUUAUAUAAACCAAAAGAUUUACAAUUGGUACAAACACCAAUACCUGAAAUAGCUGAAGAUGAGGUGUUGUUGCACAUGGCGUGCGUGGGCAUCUGUGGGUCGGACGUCCACUACUGGCAGAGCGGCGCGUGCGGCCACUUCGUACUCAAGGAGCCCAUGAUCAUGGGCCAUGAGGCUUCCGGGGUCGUCGCUAAGGUUGGUUCUAAAGUGAAGACCCUGAAGGUAGGUGACCGCGUGGCGAUCGAGCCGGGCGUGUCGUGCCGCUACUGCGAGUUCUGCAAGACCGGCCGCUACCACCUCUGCCCCGACAUGCAGUUCUGCGCCACGCCCCCUGUGCACGGCAACCUCGUCAGAUACUACAAGCACGCUGCAGAUUUUUGUUUCAAACUUCCAGACCACGUGACUAUGGAAGAAGGCGCUCUGCUAGAGCCGCUAUCGGUAGGCAUCCAUGCGUGCCGGCGCGGCGGCGUCAGCGCGGGACACGUAGUGCUGGUGCUCGGCGCCGGGCCCAUCGGUCUCCUCACCAUGCUGGCGGCCAAGGCUUUCGGAGCUAGCAAGGUUCUUAUUACAGAUAUUCUGGAGUCUCGCCUAGAGUUCGCGCGUCAGAUGGGCGCGGACCACACGUUGUUGGUGACGCGCGAGUCGAACGAGGGCGAGCUGGUGCGCGCCGUGCACGAGCUGUUGGGCGGACACCCCGACGUGUCCUUCGACGCUAGCGGCGCGCAGGCCACCGUGCGGCUGUCCUUAUUGGCGACCAAGUCAGGCGGUGUGGCGGUGUUGGUGGGUAUGGGUGCGCCGGAGCAGACAGUUCCGCUGGCGGGGGCUCUCGCGCGGGAGGUCGACAUCAGGGGCAUCUUCAGAUACGUUAAUGACUACCCCACAGCGCUCGCGAUGGUGGCAAGUGGUAAAAUCAACGUGAAGCCGCUAGUAACGCACCAUUUCCCCCUGGAGGACACGCUGCAGGCGUACGAGGUGGCGCGGCAGGGGCUCGGCAUCAAGGUCAUGAUCCACGUGCAGCCACGAGACGCCAACAAUCCUCAGAAGUUCUAGAAAUACUAAGAUUGCAGACGGGGACGGCGUGUUUUGUACGCACCGACAGCGCAAAUAAUAUAAGAGUCGUUAACUAUGUACUUUUAUAUGCAAAUGUUCGUGUCGCUGACCACACGCUUCAAAAAUAAUUAAAACGCGCAGUAAACACGGUUUACGGCUGUUUUUUAUAAACGAUCCCAAUCUUUAUCAAUCUUCGAUCCGAUCUCGAGGUUAAACUAAUUAAAUUAAGUCAUUUAUAGGUAUUUCAAAAAGCUUUGUUCUGAUUGCUCCAUUUUCACGAUGGUUUGAAAAAAUCGAUUAAGAUCGUUUAUUGAAAAUGGCGGUUAAUUGGAAAUAAUAGAUUGAAAAAAUUAGCGCGCGUUGUCGCCCUUAUAAAAUUCGUCGUGUGCAUAGAACCUAAAACAGAUCUAGGUGACCGUCAGACAGUCUGUCUCGGUCGGUUUAUCGACUAUUGUACUAAGUCCACUGUUCAUGGCUUGCCAAGAUAUAAAUAGAAAUCAUUAUAGUAAGAGGCGCAAGUCGUGAGCACAAAUGAACACUGUGGGAGAGCUCGCGUUUGUACAUAUUGAACAAAAGUGUAUGGCACGUGUAAACGAGCAUCGAUUGAGGAACCAAUCGCGCUGCACGUUGGCGCGUUGGACGUGAAGCCGACCAAUCAGGAGUGUGCUCACGACUCGUGCCUCUUACUUUACCAGAAUUGAAGUACCCACCUUAUUCGAUGAUAUUGAAAAAUAAUUACCUAGUAUGAUAUUGGUUAUUCGUUAUUCAUGGAUAUUUGUCUGCGUCCUAAUUCAUGCGAAGCUGUUAUCAAAUUUAAAUCUGCAUUCUGCAGUGUUUAGAUACUGGCAGUCUUGUUUCGACAUACUUUUGCCGCCAUAUCAAUUAAAAAAGCAGCUUCUUUAACUAGAAUUUUUAAUAUGGGAGGAAAUAAAAAUUGGACAUUAAGCUAUUGGUGACGCCUAUAAAAUGCUCUUUUAUAAUGAAAUCAAGAAUAGUUUAUACAGGAACAACGAAUGUAUAUUUAUGUGAUGUAAUGUACCUAUUUAUUAUACAAAAAUUCAAUGCAGAUGCUUUAAAAAAUAUGAAAUUAAAUGUACAGUUGUGAUAAUUUCAAUAAAUGAUAUUACGUUUAA